UCGUCUUCCUCCUUCGUACUCUGUCUUCAGUCUGCCAGAGACGCUUCAGAACAAAAACAGACCAAAAUAUAAUUAUAUGCUUUUAUAAAAGGAAAAAAACUUUUUUUCUCUCAGUGAGGAACCCUAGAAACUUUCAUUCAUUUUCAUGGAAAAUCUCUCACAUUCUCGGAAACCAAACAGGGGUUCUUCUCAAGCUACACUCACCAAGCGAACGACAACUUGCAAUGUCGCCACCAACUUCUCCGGAAAAGCCAUGUACGACGAAGUUUUCGGCGGUCCACCGAGGUCCGGUGCCGGUGGCCCGACUUUGUCUCCGAGGCCAGAGGACUAUACCGAGAUUUUCGGCGGAUUUCACGCGUCUCGAGGCGCGUCGAUUCCAGUGUUGGAUCUUCCCUUGGUAGACGACAACGACGAGGUGAUGUUUGAUGUACGGGACCUGAGGUUUAACUACGCCGAGAUUUUCGGCGGAUUCGACGGCUUGGACUUCGCUGCUUCGUACGAGGAGCUGAUGAGACAAGUCAACGGUGGUGAUGAUCAUGAUCGUGAUGGUGAUUCAUCGGAUGAAGCUUGGAUGCAGGCAGAAACCAAGUCUCUGUCAGAAGGGUCAGAGCAUUCUGGAAAAUAUCAGUGCUUCUUGGAUGGAGAUUAUUAUGAGCCAAUUGAUAGCAGUAUGGAGUUCAAUAUAUCAUACCAUAAAGCUAAUCUUAGAAGCAACAGAGAUAUGCCAAAUGGGGUUACGCAUGUUGCUGAGCUGCAUGCUGAUCCUGAAUAUGCUUAUAUAAUUGAAACUCCCUUGCAACAGACAGACAACAAGAAUCCACCAUUGCAUGUGAGUGUGAUUGAUGAUAUCGAUCUUGAGUUCACUCGGGGAGUUACAAAGAAAAAACAUCUAAGGAAAGCUGUGUCCCAUCCUUCUAACUGGACUGCUGGUGAACAAACAUUUACAAACAACUCAACUCAAAGAGAAUAUCGAAGGAAUGGUUCUUGUUCUAAUGAAAUGUUUGUAACAAUUUCAGAAAUCAACCUAAGAACAAUGCCAUCUGAUGUGCCACCUCCCACUAGACCACCACCACUUGUUGAUGGCAAAAAUGGGGCCUAUCAAAAUGGUCAACAUGCUGCUUCGGGAGGGAGAGUGGGUGAUAGUUCACCUCCUUUCUUAGAUGUUGAGAUAGAUGCAAGCUCAGCUGCUGCAGCCUCUGCUGCUGCUAUGAAAGAAGCAAUGGACAAAGCUCAAGCAAAGCUGAAAAGUGCAAAAGAACUACUGGAGAGGAAGAGGGAGGGCAUCAAGAACUCUAUAAAACCAGAUUCAAAGUCUGAUGGAAAAGGUAAGAAGGAAAGGGCCAGUAAGGGUGUUGCUGGGUCCAGUGAUAUAAAAGAUGAGAGAGUGCAGGGAAUGUACGGAAAAGAAGAUAGUGGAAUGAAAAGAUCUGUUAGAGAGGACAGGCAAAAGGCUGUGAAAAGCCAGGCACCUGAUUCACUGGAAGGCGAGAAACUUUUUAAUGUUCCCAAAACAUUUGUAGCUGAGAAGCAUGGGAAGGAAUCCCAAUCGGUUCAAGAGUUUGAUGAAAUUGAUGGAGGUGGUGAAUGGCAGGAAGCAACUCAAUUUUUUGAAUUGGUUAGAACAGAAAAGUCAAGAACAGGUUUGGAGCAGACAAACAAUGAGAAAGUGUUGGUCCAGAGCAUGAAAUCUCAUGAGCUUCAGCAUAAAGCCAAAAAAGCAAACAUUGGAGCACUGGAGCAGGAGCAGCAACCAGACGGUGAUAAGAAAGUAGAAGCUGUUAGGGAAGACCAUGAACUGGAGAAAGUUGAGAGAGACAUGAAAACUGCAAAAGAAAGUUGUGAAAGGGGGGAAUCCUCCCGAAUAUCAAAACCAGUUAAAGAGGCCUGUAGGCAUAAAGGGCUUCAGAAAAAGGUAAGAGCAGUGCAAGAGGUUAGUGAACUGGAGGAGCAUGGGCAAUCUCUAACAGGAAGGAAACAUUUGGAAAAUGGUAAGAAACCAACUGGAGCUGAUGAAUUAGGAAAACGUGAGAAGCAAGUAAGUGCUCAACAAAAAGAAAAUAAAGUUGAAGUUGGGCAGGCUAUGGAACAGAAAGGGAAUGGGCAGCAGGAGAAAGAGACUAGUAAAAGUAUUGAAAGUCCAAAGAGAGUCAAGGAAUUUCAAGAAAGGGAAGAUGAGGAGAAAAGCUGGAGGGAGGUUUUUGAGCCGGAAAAAAAUGAAACAAAACUUGAACAGGUACAUGUACAAAUAGAGAAUGAGAAGAGGCUGAGAGAGGCUCUUGAGCUGGAAGAAAAAGAGAAGAGAUUGAAGGAAGCUUGCGAACGUGAAGAAAACGAGAAGAAAGAGAAGGAGGCGCGUGAACUAGAAGAAAGUGAGAAGAUUUGGAAAAUGGCUCUUGAACAGAUAGAGAAUGAGAAAAGUCUAAAACAAGAGCGUCUGCAGGAAGAAAAUGAGAGGAGACAGAGAAAGGCUCCUGAACAGGAAGAGAUGGAGAAGAAACAAAGAGAGGCUCAUGAUAAAGAUGAAAGUAAGAGAAGACCAAAGCAGGUUACUGAAGAAGGAAAAGAUGUGAGGCAACAAAAGGAGGCUAUUGAAAUAAAGGAAACUGAGAUUAGACUAAGUGAGGUUUGUGAAAAAGAAGCACUUAACAAAGGGCUCAAAGAAGCUUGUGAAGAAGAAGAGACUGCAAAAAGACUUGAAGAAGCUCUUGAAAAAGAAAACAUCAAGAAAAUGCUAGAAGAGGCAGUUGAGCAAAAAAAUUACAGCAAACCAGAGAAAGAGGUCCAAGAUACAGAAGAUGAAGUUAAACAAAAAGUAGUUGAGCUGGAAGAAACUGAAGAAUUGCAGGGAGUAAAUUAUGUGUACCAGCACACUGAAAGGGGUGAAAAUGGGAAGGAACUCAAAAUUGCUGAAGGAACUUGUCAACAUAUGGAGGGAGAGAAUCCUGUGGUAUCUGAUGAAGUAAAUAAACUGGAUUAUAGCCAAAAAGGUCAAGAAAAUCAAUUGGUUGGAAAUAAUGAUCAAAACUAUGAUGAUGUGGAAGAAACUGAAGAGUCCAUUCUUCAAGAAAAUGGAAAGAUGGAGGCUGAAUUCAGAGACAAUGAAAAAAAAUCGGUAGUAAUGGGGAAAGGGGAUGUUGAUGGAAAGUUAAAUGCAUCUGGAAUGGCACCUUGUGGCUUAGAAACUAAAGUUAACCAGUUUAGAAAGGAUGAUAUCUCGGUAUUGUGUCAUCAAGAUGAUGGUGUGAAGAAAACUGGUGAAGCUGGAAUUGGCAUCGGACAAAGAAAUGCUGAGAAGAUCAACAGUCUCCCAGGAAUGGACUGCGAUAAUGACAACCAAGGGCUGAAAUUUGCUAAUGAAUGGAGGGAAAGAGCUCGGACUAUCGAGGAGACCCAGGUUCCCUCACAUCUGGAAGAAAACAAGGGUAAGUUUGUGUCAGCUCAAGUGGUGAAAGAAUCUGUUGAAACUGCUAGGAAACCAGAAGCAGCUAAGGCAUCUGUGUUGGAAGGGAAAGAAAGCAUUCAGGGAAUAGUUCAGCAGUUUAAGAUAAGUCAGAGCACAGAAAGAAAAGAUGAGAAUAUUAAUGGGAGCCUUACACCUGAAGAGAAGGAGGUUGAAAGGCUGAAAAGAGAAAGAGAACUGGAGAAGGAACGUCUUAGAAAGAUAGAAGAAGAAAGAGAGAGGGAAAGGGAAAGGGAAAAAGAUAGGAUGGCUGUUGACAGAGCGGCUCUUGAAGCUCGUGAAAGGGGAUAUGCUGAAGCCCGAGAGAGGGCAGAAAGGGCUGCUGUAGAAAGAGCAACUGCUGAAGCUCGUCAAAGAGCAAUGGCAGAAGCACGUGACAGAUUAGAGAAGGCAUGUGCAGAAGCUAGGGAGAAGUCUUCUAUGGAGGCCAGGCUCAGAGCAGAGCGUGCUGCUGUGGAGAGAGCAACUGCAGAGGCUCGAGAGCGUGCUGUGGAAAAAGCAAUGGCUGAAAGGGCUGCUUUUGAGGCAAGAGAACGAGCAGAACGGUCUAUGUCGGAUAAAUUUUCAACUUCUAGAAACAAUGGAAUGCAAAUGAGCUCUUCAUCCUCUGAUCUACAGGAUCAGCUUUGUCAGAGCACCAGCUCCUUUGGUGGUUUAAGAUACCCGUAUGCCUCUGCAUACAAUGGAGUUGGAGGUGAAUCAGCUCAGAGGUGUAAAGCUAGACUAGAGAGAUAUCGACGAACAGCCGAACGUGCGGCAAAAGCUCUUGAAGAAAAGAAUAUGCGUGAUCUUCUUGCUCAAAGAGAGCAAGCGGAAAGAAAUAGAUUAGCAGAAACUUUGGAUGCUGAUGUCAAGAGGUGGUCGAGUGGGAAAGAAGGGAACCUGCGUGCCUUGCUUUCAACUUUACAAUAUAUCCUUGGGCCUGAGAGUGGUUGGCAGCCGAUUCCACUAACAGAAGUUAUAACUUCAGCUGCUGUAAAGAAAGCUUAUAGGAAAGCCACUCUUUGUGUUCAUCCUGACAAAUUACAGCAACGUGGUGCAAGUAUUCAGCAGAAGUACAUUUGUGAAAAGGUCUUCGAUCUCCUAAAGGAAGCUUGGAACAAAUUCAAUUCCGAAGAGCGGUAGCCCAGACUUGGUAUGGAUGCCAAUUGCAUCAUUACAAUUCACUAUGUUAUGAAAAUUUACACCGUUAGUGAGUGUAUAUCCUUGUCUAUUUUAUAUUUAUAUUACUCCAUGUAAUUUUGAGUGUAAUUUCAAUAUUUAAGCCCAAAAAGAAAUAGGUGCAAGAAUUUUGAGUAAACCCACAUUUUCCCACCUUGGAUUCAGAAUUUACUUUCAAAAAUGGAACACACAAUG